AAGCGGGGCCAAGAUGGCGGAGGCGGGCGCGGGGAGCCCGCUCGGCGGGGACGCGGCGGCGCCGCCGGGGCCGCCCGAGGAGCAGGAGCUGAGCCGGCGCCUCCGCCGCCUCUACCCCGCCGUCAACCAGGACGAGACGCCGCUGCCGCGCUCCUGGAGCCCCAAGGACAAGUACAACUACAUCGGCCUCUCGCAGGGCAACCUGCGCGUCCACUACAAAGGUCACGGUAAAAAUCACAAAGAUGCUGCCUCGGUCAGGGCCACACACCCCAUCCCUGCAGCCUGUGGCAUUUAUUACUUUGAAGUGAAGAUCGUCAGUAAAGGUAGAGAUGGGUACAUGGGAAUAGGACUUUCUGCCCAAGGGGUCAACAUGAACAGGCUUCCUGGAUGGGAUAAACAUUCUUAUGGGUACCACGGGGACGAUGGGCACUCCUUCUGUUCCUCGGGGACGGGGCAGCCCUACGGCCCCACCUUCACCACUGGGGACGUGAUCGGCUGCUGCGUCAACCUCAUCAACAACACCUGCUUCUACACGAAAAAUGGCCACAGUUUAGGUAUAGCCUUUACAGACCUCCCUUCAAAUCUCUACCCCACAGUGGGUCUCCAGACUCCGGGGGAGAUCGUGGAUGCCAACUUUGGGCAGCAGCCCUUCGUGUUCGACAUUGAGGACUACAUGAGGGAGUGGCGGGCGAAGAUCCAGAGCACCAUUAAGCGGUUUCCCAUCGGAGACAGGCUGGGCGAGUGGCAGGCCAUGCUGCAGAAUAUGGUUUCAUCAUAUUUGGUUCAUCAUGGGUACUGUUCAACAGCAACUGCCUUUGCCAGAGUCACAGACACCACAAUCCAGGAAGAACAGACCUCAAUAAAGAACAGACAAAGAAUACAGAAGCUAGUAUUAGCAGGCAGAGUGGGAGAGGCUAUAGAAGCCACCCAGCAGCUCUAUCCUGGCCUCCUAGAACAUAACCCCAACCUGCUCUUCAUGUUAAAGUGCCGGCAGUUCGUGGAGAUGGUGAACGGCACGGACAGCGAGGUGCGUUGUUUCAGUGCCCGCAGCCCCCGGUCCCAGGACAGUUACCCCGGCUCCCCCAGCCUCAGUCCUAGACACGGAUCAAGCAACUCCCACGUUCACAGCACCGGAGCAGAUAGUCCAACCUGUAGCAAUGGAGUCAUGUCCACAAAAAGCAAACAGAGUCACAGUAAAUACCCAGCACUGAGUUCAUCAUCUUCAUCUUCCUCCUCCUCUUCCCCCUCAUCUGUGAACUACUCUGAGUCCAAUUCUACAGAUUCUACCAAAUCUCAGCAGCACAGUAGUACGAGUAAUCAAGAAACCAGUGACAGCGAGAUGGAAAUGGAGGCUGAGCAUUAUCCCAACGGAGUCCUGGAAAACUCAUCCACCAGGAUAAUGAAUGGCACCUACAAGCAUGAAGAGAUCCUGCAGACAGAUGAGUCCAGCAUGGAAGACAGCUGUCCCCAGAGGCAGCUCUGUGGAGGGAACCACGCUGCCACCGAGAGGAUGAUCCAGUUUGGACGGGAGCUGCAGAUCCUGAGCGAGCAGCUCUGCAGAGAGUAUGGGAAGAACACCGUGCACAAAAAGAUGCUUCAGGACGCCUUUAGCUUGUUGGCUUACUCAGACCCUUGGAACUGCCCCGUUGGCCAACAGCUGGACCCCAUCCAGAGGGAACCCGUGUGUGCUGCUCUCAAUAGUGCUAUAUUGGAAUCUCAGAACCUGCCAAAGCAGCCCCCGCUGAUGCUUGCCCUGGGCCAGGCCUCGGAGUGUUUGCGGCUCAUGGCUCGCGUGGGCCUGGGCUCCUGCUCCUUUGCCAGAGUAGACGACUAUUUGCACUAACACAGAGCAGGAUGGAGCCGACAUCGCCGAGUGCUGCCCUUCACCCUCCGUUGCUGCCACUCUGCACCACCAACCUCGUCCGAUAGCCCGACCUCCCUGCCACCGACACCACCCCCUCUAGCACACACAAACACUGCCUGUCAAAGGACUGAGUGAGUCCCUCACUGUGUGGCUAUUCCUGACCCCGGGAACGACUGGCAGAUCUCACCUGUGUCCCUGCCGUGGCUGCGGCUCCAGCAGCGCUCAGUAUUUCGCUGGUUAUUCUAAUGUAGCGCCUUCUGACGUAGGGGUUUCUCUUUGUUUUGAUUUUGAGUUGUUUCUCAUGGUUCCACCAAUAUUUUAUCUGGAGAGUUUUUGCCUGAGCUGGUUUAUGCUGAUUUACUGAGGAAGCUGAUCAAGUUGGUGACAGCUUGUUCUUUUCUUCCCUUCUCCCUCCAUCGUGCACAUACAGCAUCAUCUUCUGUGUUAGUUAUCUGAACUCUUCUCACAGUGGCAGUUCAGAGGGAUUUAUUUUUUUUUUUAUUUUAUUUUAUUUGAAUCAUGUUUAUUAAAAAGGUCUCUUCCACCUCCACAAAGUCAUUGAUGUAUUUAUUGCCCACAGACUCGGUCCCAGACAUAACACGUCGUACAACCCCGCAGGAGACCUGGUGAGGUAGGUCCUGUCACUCACUAAAAUGGGAGUUGGAGGAGCCUGGUCCUUCAUGGUGCCUCUCUUAAGAGCCCAAGGCUCUCGAAUUUGGCUCUGUGAGCAGGAAGAGUGGAAGACUUUGCCAUUGCCUUGUGUUAGUGGUUGUGCUGUAGAAGUGUCUCACAACCCUGAGAAGUAGUUAAAUGCAGCUCUCCUGGCAGCUGGAGGGACAGGACUGGUGAAUAUGAAGUCAUCUGCCACUGCAGGUCGUGUGAGGCUGCCAGAAACAUCCACGGGUGCUGCCCCGUUGGGCCAAGAGUUUUUUGUUAAAUUAACAAAUCCCCCUUUUUCUCCGUGUAGGAGGGCCCUGUCACUAAGACUCAGUAAUCACAGGAUUUCCUGCCCCCACAUCCCCAUAACACUGAUCUAAAUGAGCACUGCUGAAUUUUGGAAGCAUCUGGAGAAGCCUGGGCUGAGCUGUGCUCACCCUCUCAGGUGGGAUGUGCCAACAUCAGCUGGUGGGUUGGGGUCAGUACCAGCUUUGCCAGGCCUGAGCCACUCAGGAGAGAGCAGCAAUGUUUCUUUAGGGAUUACUAAGAUAAUUAUUGAAGUUUCAGGCCCAAAAGAGACCAGCAGAGUUCCUGAGUGUGCACUGUUACCUGGAGAGGCUGUGGCAGCACCAUGUGCUUUGCCUGCUCUGCUGUGCCAUGAAGAGGUGGCAGGUUCAGCCUGGCUGCAUGGCAGGAGUUGCAGUUCUGCACCAAAUGAAUCUGAGGUCAGUAGCUCUGGGGAGGACCCAGGGGAGCUCAAACUGAACGUGACUUUUCACUGCUGUUCACAAAUUUCUUUUUUUUUUUUUUUUUUUGAAGGUUUAGUGUGCCACUGAGAAGGGAGAGUGGUGUGUGACCUCUGAGCUAGGCUGGAUUUGCAGCUGGCACAUGAGGUCUGAAAUCCAGGCAGGACAGGGGUCAGGAGUCUCCUGCACUGCAGAAGAUGACUGUGGCAGGGAACGUGCAGAUGGUGUUGGAGGUGGUUGGGAACGCUAUCCCUACGUUUUGGUGAAGGUGUACAGCGUGCAGAGGCAGUGCUAGAGCCGUGGUGGCCUAAGAAAACACUCAGCUGGAGGUUUGGAGAUGGAGGAGAUAUUUCUGUCAGGAAUAGCAGAGGAAGAAAGCAGAGAGAGCUCUGCCUACCACAGCCUUUUUCUAGGGAGACAGAGGCAGAGGGCUGCCCUGAACAGAAGAAUUUAACUUGGACAUCUGGGGCUUCCUGACAAUUCUGGGAGACACCUGAUGUGCCUGAAAGCUCACCUGUUGAUUUUCAGCUCUGCCCAUUGGCCUGCAGGUGGAUAUUGCCCCAGCCUGCAGUCCUUGCCUGGCUGCAGGUGCAGAGGUAACUCAGUGGACAGGUUUCAGUACCUGGCUUUGCCUUUCACGUUUGGCAACGUGCUCUGCUGUUGGUCACUGUUUAGCUGGCAGCAGUCUGGCUGCAAUCAGACCUCUCAUCUUUGUAGCAACACUAUCUUUAUUUCUUUCUGAGGUUUUUGGGUUCCUUCUCUUUGUGGUUUCUUUAAGCCAAGUCUUUUCAUCUUGUGUCACAGUAAUGCCCCGCUUGGUUUCCCCGCAAAGCUGUGCUGGCUGUCCUAGGGCAUCUUUUUUUAUUUUGGUUUCCCUUUCACUACAAAAAGAAACCACCAAAACAAGAGGUGUUCCUAGAUUUUUGGUCGUUCUUGUGCCAAGAAAUGCCUGAUGAAUGUUCCUUGGGGUUUUUUUCAUUUAUUUCAAGUGGUCUGGUGGUUUCACUACUGGUUUCUGCUUGUUUUGCUCAGAUUCUGACUAACGUGGCCAUGACUCAGUAAGGAGAAGAUAAAGCAUUCUUUGCAGUGUGUGGUGGGGUGUAAGGCCUGCACCUACCCCUGAUUCCUAGAUGGGAUUUCUGACUUGCUUUUCCCAGGUUGUAUUUCAAAGCCUGUUGCCUUUGAAUCCCCCUGGCCUGCUCUUUGAUGGUUCACGUUGGCUGAAACUUGGCUUGCAUUGUUGCAGUAAUUUUAAAAAAGCAGAACUAAAGUGAAUUGGGGUCUUCAGCUUUGAAUGUGGCUGUGCACCUAAACAGAGGCUAUACCUGCAGUUCAGGAGAUUACUUCUGUGAAAGCUGGAAUUUGUUAUUCCAAGCACCUUGAGCAGCCUGGUCACCGCUCCCAGGAGAAACCUCUUCCAGCUCUGCUGGGGCUGCAGCUCUGGGCAGCAGCCACUCCACCUGCCUUCCUCAAACUCACCACUGCAGUGAGGGCCUCUCAGAAGGGUGACCUUUCACAGGGACCUGGUGGAAACCUGUUUUUGAGGGUGGUGAACAGCAGCCCUGCCCAUCCUGGGCGUCGGGUUUGAGCCCAGUGCCCUGACUUGUUAAGUGGCCUUCUGAGAACAACAUUUUGGGAGCUCCAGAGCUGGAGCCUUGGGUAAAGUGUCCUUCAGGGGUUCUGUGGAGAGAUCUUGAUGGAGCUGGAUUGCAUCUCCAGGCUUUUCUCCCUGUGGAGGAGGGUUCAUGCUGUUCCCCCAAAGCACUGAGUGAGAGCAUCAGGAAUUCACUGGGAGAACUUUGGAGUGAGGUGCACUGGAGUGUCAGGGAUAAAGGAUUCUGGGAGGUGUGUCCACCUUGUACACAUGCUAGUCCAGCCUGUGACCCUUUUAGUGGCCUUGGAUGGAUGCAUUCCAGUUUGUAGACAUCUCUCCUCUACAGGGGGAGCCAAAUCUUAUUCCUCUUGGUUCCUGUUCCUCUUGGAACCAUCUUGUUCCAGGUGAUUCUUCUGGAUGCUCCAUGAGCCUAUCCUAGCAGGUGUUUAACAAAAGCUAACUCAGGACUCAGAGGGUUGAAGGAGGUGUCAGAUGAGCCCUCCCAUGAGCAGGGAGGUCUGUUUUCCGUGCAUCUUUCAGUGUGCUCUCAGAGCCAGUUUGUUUUGGGAAAACUUCUUGCUGCUGGGAGAUGCAGCUGUGACUGGUGGGGAAGAUGGGCCCCUCCAGGAGUACCAUUCCUCGUGGUCACCUUCACCUGGAUCUUCCCAUAUGCUUCCUUAUUCCUCCUGGUUUCUUACAGUGACAUCUCAACCUGUCCUCAAGCUGUGCCCUUGUUUUUCACAUAUUAUUAAGGCAUCUCUACCAUUCUUUAAAUAGCUUUGUUCUUGAGUCUCCCUUGAACAACUGGAGCAGCCAGAGCUGCUGGAACUCGUUCUGGGGAUUGAGUGUGUAAUUUUCCACCUUGGGCAUCAGGGAUGAUGAACCAUCCCCUGCUUCAGCAAAGCAAAGCAGGUUGGAUCGCUGCUGUGCUUUGGUACCUGUCUGUGUUAAUGCAUAGCUUAGAUGCAAGUUUCAGAGUUUCUUCUGCCCUGGUGGGGUUGAUUGAGGAGGUGAAUCAUGGCAGUCAGGCUGUGGAGCAGCCUGUAAAUGCUGUGAGGCUGCGUGGGGCACCACACGGGAUCGGGAAGCUCUUCCCACAAAGAAGCAGAGUGCAGACUUGAGCUACCCCACAGGCAGCAGGUGGAGAGAGGGGUCCAUCAUGCUUCAGUCUCGAGAGAAGGAACACCUUGAGAAAGCCCUGGUCCACCCAGGAGUCCCCUUUGCAGAAGGAGCAGCUUCCCAACCCUGCCAGUGUGAGAGCAUCCUGAGCGGUGGGCUGGGGAGGCAGGAGGUCUGUGGUAGAGAGCUGGUGUUGGGUCUCCAGCUGUACAUGUCUGUCCCAAGGUGUUUCUGCAGAAAGACUUGGGAAGGACAUGCCAGGGGACAUGCUGGGUGCUGCUGGAACCAUCAGAGGAAUGAGUGAUGGAGGGAACUGCAGUCCAGCAGUUCUUACUGGAGAGACAGAGGUGGCUGUGAGCCUUGUCCCGUCGGCUGUGGAGGGCAGAGAGCUGGAGGAAGCGCUGCCAGGGAGCUGGGAGGAGCUACAGCAGAUUUGAGAGGAGAGGGGAGCAGUUGAGAACCUGGAGGCCUCUUUCCUGGGCAGCACUGGCUGCUCUCCACCAUCCUUUCCUGCAACAAGAGGUGGCAGGUGAUGGAUGGCUCAUCAAGGCAUGUCUGUCCCUCUCCCCACGUCCCACAGAGCUCAGAGCCUGCAGCUUGAGCUGUAGGCUUGCCUGACAAGCCAGGGCAUCAUCCAGACUUGAGGAGCACAUGUCCUGCCAGCUGUUUUCCUUCCAAGAGGGAGGCUUAACUCUCUCCUGCUUGCAGGAAGCCCACGAGUCCCGUGAGGGAUUUACACUCACAUCAACGUCACUGCAGAAGGAUUCCUGGAGGCCAUGCAAACCUCUGCUCCUUGCUCAAUAUCUCCUGGCCAGGCAGACAUAUUUUCUUUGGUCACUCCAUUUGGGUCAUGGCACUUGUUCAGACCUUUUUUUGCUCGGGAGGACUUGAGCUGCACCCUUCCUCCAGAGGAGGGGAGCACAGAGCCAUUUGCCAGGCUGGGUUUCCACACAGGCUCGGGCUUGGAGAAAGGAGAAACAGCAGCAGCUCUGGGGAUUACUCCAGAUUUUAAAGAAAAUUCGAAAAACACAAGUGUGGUGAAAUCCAGACCAAGGACUCUGCACAGGGGUUGGAUUGGGAUCGUGUGGGUCCCGCCUGUGCGCGCCCUUCACGGCUCUGCAGCCGGGGGAGGCAGGAGGAGGCUGAGGCAGGAGGAGGCUGCUGGCACCUGAAGCUCUGGCAGGCAGCAGGGCAAGCCCCAGGACCCGCCCAGCACGCAGUGACCUCCUCUCCUGCUGGUUGCUCAAAACUCAGGUAUGAAACGCUCGGCUGGAGCGUUGGGGUGCGAGGUCUCUGCAGGUUUCCCACCAGCCCUGGAGGAGCGGCCCGGGCUGAUCUCCCUGUGCCCCUCCAGGCCUCUCACUGCCCUCAGAAAGGGAGUUCCUCCUCUUUGGUACAACGUUGGCUAAGUGGACAUUACACAAACUGUGCACAUUGGUUCAGUCUAAGCUUAGUAUUUGUGAAUUAAGUUAUCUGACGCUUCGCAUGAAAAACUUCAAAAAGGGGAUUGGGGGGGGUGGUGGAUUUUAACUGAGAAAAAAAACCUAUGAAAAUAUACUGGAAAUAUGGUAAAAAUCGACAUUCUGCUGUAUAUUGACAGAAUUAUUUUUAUUAAAAUACACAUCCAUGUGCAAGA